AUGACCACGACGAAGACUAUGACUAAAACACAGUCAAUCACCGUGACUUCAUCUGUCAUAGUCAAUUCAAAUCAUUCGACACAGAUUGCGGGAGCGGUUCUUGGAGUACUCGUUGGAGUAUUGGUGCUGACCAUGACGGCGUUGAUGAUCUACCGCCAUUGUAGAGGUCGCCAAGUGCCAUCAUAUAACCGCACCUCAUCUCAAGAACCUAAUGCCGAUGACCCCUUGUCUUUGCAUAAUGCGCCGAGGAUCGUGUUUCAUCCAAAAGGGCAGUCCAUUCCAUGGAUCCAAGAUGGAAACAGCUUGCUGGCAUGGAGAAACGCGCAUGCCUCUCGGCCGGAUAACUCAUCCGCAUUCUCUCUGUCUUCUGUUGAUGACCCAACCGCCUCAGAGGAUGAGGAAGGAUGGGAGAAGAGACGAUCAGUGCACACUCGAACGAGACAGCAGGCUGAGGCCCCAGCAACCAACCUGCACGUCCUCCCGCAGCAUGUCGUUGUUCAAGCCCUCUCAGAGGCAGCGUCGCUUGAGCCUCCUGAGCACGCGCAAGUACGGUUGCAAGUAGACUCGGGCUACCGUUUCCGAUACGAGAGCGUGCCGCAGCCCACGACUGCCUUGCUUGAUGUACCUCCUGCGUAUACUGCUGAAUAGAGGCUGCUAUCCUUAUCGACUACGAUCACCAGUAUCGGCGAGAAGUUGAAUGAACCGUUGUCAAGGCACCGAGAACAAGGCUAGGGCCAGGUCAGGCCGUGCAUUCAUCGCGAAAUAUCGAUCCUAAUC